UGCCACGUGUCUCUUCUCGCGAUACUAAACCCGAUCCCCUCGCAGUGACGUUUUCGCCAUUGCACGUCCCAUACUCCAAAGCUCUGUUCUCCUUCACUCAAGCUCUUUGGUAUCUGUGCUUCACGUUUCACUCUCUUCACUUUUCCAGCUUAUUCCCAGUGAUAUCUGAGAGACUGGAAUAUGAGCAAUUCAAUAGGGAAUAAUUUGCUGCAUCAGAGAUUCCUUCAUCCAGUGGUGUUGGAAUAUCAAAGUAGAAUCGGCUCGACUUCUGUUCGGGGUGGUUCCUUGUUUCAGUCUCAUGCAAUUUCACACAUACGGAAAUCAACUUUGUCAACUGAGUUUCAUGGCGAAAGAUUAACAGUGCAGAAAAAGAAGUUACUGAUGCAACAGCAGCGUGCUUCUUCUGUUUCUGGAGCUGUCUUAGCCACCGUUCUCUCUUCUGAGAUUGCUGAGAAAUUCAACCUUGAAGGAGAUAUUGAACUGCAGGUUGAUGUUAAGCCCCCCACUUCAGGUCAUGUCACAGUGGUGGAUUUUAAGGUUACGAGAGACAUCAGUGGCUUGUUUCUACACUGGGGUGCUGUGAAGUCUGGAAAAGACAAGUGGGUACUUCCUCAUCGACGUCCAGAUGGAACCAAAGAUUAUAAGAAUAAGGCACUUAGAACCCCGUUUGUGAAAUCUGGCUCCAAUGCUAUGGUGAGAUUGGAGAUAGAUGAUCCUGCAAUUCAGGCCAUAGAGUUCCUAAUAUUUAAUGAAGUCCAAAACAAAUGGAUAAAGAACAAUGGCGACAACUUCCAUGUUGAAUUGUCACCAAGAGCAAUACAGAUAACUAAUGCCUCAGUUCCUGAAGAUCUUGUACAGAUUCAGGCAUAUUUGAGGUGGGAAAGGAAGGGAAAACAAAUGUAUUCCCCUGAGAAAGAGAAAGAGGAAUAUGAGGCAGCACGAGCAGAACUUUUAGAGGAAAUAACAAGGGGUGCUUCCGUAGAGGAAAUCCGAGCAAGGUUAACAAAGAAGAAUGAUACAACUGAACACAAGGAGCAGCAUCAUCGUGAAGCAAAGAGUGAUAUACCUGAUGACCUUGUGCAGAUACAAUCUUAUAUACGAUGGGAGAAAGCUGGAAAGCCAAGCUAUCCUCCAGAGAAGCAACUUAAAGAAUUUGAAGAAGCAAGACAAGAGCUGCAACUUGAACUUGAAAAAGGUGUAACCUUUGAUGAGUUGCGGAAGAGGAUUGUAAAAGGAGAAGUAAAAACUAAGGUUGCCAAACAACUGGAAAAAAAGAGUUAUUUCACCAUUGAAAAAAUUCAGAGGAAGCAGAGAGAUUUAGCUCAAAUUAUCAACAGGAAUGUUCCUUGGUCUGGAUCUGAGUCUGGUUCUGGGGUGGAGCAGAUCUUGUUGGAACCUCAAUCAUUAUCCACGAUUGAGCUUUUUGCCAAAGCAAAGGAAGAACAGGUUGAUGGUCCUAUCCUAAACAAGAAAAUAUAUAAGGUUGCUAACGGCGAACUCAUGGUACUUGUCACAAAACCAGAGGGUAAGGUGAAAGUUUAUCUGGCUACAGAUCUCAAUGAGCCUGCUAUUCUUCAUUGGGCGUUAUCAAAAAAUGCUGGAGAGUGGUUGGCACCACCUGAAAAUGAUUUGCCUCCUGGAUCAACUAGUUCAGAUAAAUACGCUGAAACACUAUUUUCAACCAGUUCUGAUAAUCUGUCUUAUAAGGUCCAAUCAUUAGAAAUUGCAAUUGAGGAUGAAGAUUAUGUUGGUAUGCCGUUUGUUCUUUUGUGUGGUGAAAAAUGGAUAAAAAACAGUGGAUCAGACUUUUAUGUUGACUUUCGUACUCAACCUCAGCGGGAUGUUGGGGAUGGCACGGGGACCGCUAAGGCCUUGUUGGAUAAAAUAGCGGAUAUGGAAAGUGAGGCUCAGAAGUCUUUCAUGCAUCGGUUUAAUAUUGCAGCUGACUUGACAGAAGAAGCCACAAAUGCUGGUGAGCUGGGUUUUGCAGGAAUUCUUGUUUGGAUGCGUUUCAUGGCUACACGACAGCUUAUCUGGAAUAAAAACUACAACAUAAAGCCACGUGAGAUUAGUAAAGCCCAAGACAGGCUGACAGAUUUGCUGCAGAAUGUUUAUUUAAGUCGUCCACAGUACCGUGAAUUAUUGCGCAUGAUCCUGUCAACUGUGGGGCGUGGAGGUGAAGGGGAUGUUGGACAGCGAAUACGGGAUGAAAUACUGGUUAUCCAGCGAAAAAAUGACUGCAAAGGUGGAAUGAUGGAGGAAUGGCACCAGAAACUGCAUAAUAACACUAGUCCUGAUGAUGUCGUUAUCUGCCAGGCACUGAUAGACUAUAUCAAGAGUGAUUUUGAUAUUAGUGUUUAUUGGCAAACCUUGAAUUCAAAUGGAAUCACUAAAGAGAGGCUUUUAAGUUAUGACCGUGCUAUCCAUUCUGAACCAAACUUUAGAAGUGAUCAAAGGGAAAGCCUUUUGCGUGAUCUAGGGAACUAUAUGAGAACACUGAAGGCUGUCCAUUCAGGUGCUGAUCUUGAGUCUGCCAUUGCAAAUUGUAUGGGAUAUAAAACAGAGGGUGAAGGCUUCAUGGUUGGUGUGCAGAUAAAUCCUGUAUCAGGCUUGCCUUCAGGAUUUCCGGAGUUGCUUCAAUUUGUCUUAGAGCAUGUCGAAGAUAGAAAUGUGGAAUCUCUUCUUGAGGGUUUGCUAGAGGCUCGUGAGGAACUCAGACCAUUACUUUCCCAAUCAAACAACCGUCUGAAGGAUCUUUUGUUUCUGGAUAUUGCCUUGGAUUCUACUGUUAGGACAGCUGUAGAGAGGGGGUAUGAGGAACUGAAUAAUGCUAGUCCUGAGAAAAUUAUGUACUUCAUCUCCCUUGUUCUGGAGAAUCUUGCACUGUCUGUGGAUGAUAAUGAAGAUCUUGUCUAUUGCUUAAAGGGCUGGAACCAAGCACUGAGAAUGUCUAAGAGUGGAGACAAUAACUGGGCUUUAUUUGCAAAAUCAGUCCUUGACCGAACGAGGCUUUCUCUUGCAAACAAAGCAGAGUCGUAUCAUCAUCUAUUGCAGCCAUCAGCAGAGUACCUUGGAUCAAAACUUGGGGUGGAUGAGUGGGCUGUGAACAUAUUCACUGAAGAAAUUAUACGUGCUGGAUCAGCUGCUUCCUUAUCAUCACUUCUUAAUCGACUAGACCCUAUUCUUAGGCAAACUGCUAAUCUGGGAAGUUGGCAGAUUAUCAGCCCAGUUGAGGCUGUUGGCUACAUUGUUGUUGUGGAUGAACUGCUCUCUGUUCAGAACAAAACUUAUGACAAGCCAACAAUUUUGGUUGCAAAUACUGUCAAAGGUGAGGAGGAAAUUCCUGAUGGUACUGUUGCUGUGCUGACACCAGACAUGCCAGAUGUCCUUUCUCAUGUUGCUGUUCGAGCGAGGAACUCUAAGGUAUGCUUUGCAACUUGCUAUGAUCCCAGUGUUCUAGCUGAACUUCAAGCAAAAGAAGGACAAUUUUUGCGCUUAAAGCCUACAUCUGCUGAUAUAAUAUAUAGCGAGGAGAAAGAGGUUGAGGUCCAGAGUUCAGCUAACUUGAUGGAGGCUGGCCCUUCACAAUCUUUAAAAUUGGUCAAAAAACACUUCGCUGGUAGAUAUGCAAUAACAUCUGAGGAAUUCACGAGUGAACUGGUUGGUGCAAAAUCUCGUAACAUUGCAAAUCUGAAAGGAAAAGUCCCAUCUUGGAUUGGGAUCCCUACUUCAGUUGCCCUACCAUUUGGAGUUUUCGAGAAAGUUCUUUCAGAUGAUAUUAAUAAGGGAGUGGAUGCAAAAUUGCAAGUUCUGAAGAAAAAGCUAUCUGAAGGGGAUUUCAGUUUCCUUGGUGAAAUCCGAAACACAGUUCUAGAACUUUCAGCACCACCUCAGCUGAUCAAUGAGCUCAAAGACAAGAUGCAAAGUUCUGGUAUGCCUUGGCCUGGUGAUGAAGGUCCAGAACGAUGGGAACAGGCAUGGAUGGCAAUCAAAAAAGUGUGGGCUUCAAAAUGGAAUGAAAGAGCAUAUUUCAGCACAAGGAAAGUCAAACUAGAUCAUGACUAUCUUUGCAUGGCCGUACUUGUUCAAGAAAUAAUAAAUGCUGAUUACGCAUUUGUUAUUCAUACCACUAAUCCAUCCUCUGGAGAGUUGUCUGAGAUAUAUGCUGAGGUUGUAAGGGGCCUUGGGGAAACACUAGUUGGCGCUUAUCCAGGUCGUGCUCUGAGUUUCGUCUGCAAAAAGAAUAAUCUAGACUCUCCUCAGGUGCUUGGUUACCCAAGCAAGCCCAUAGGCCUUUUCAUAAGGCGAUCUAUAAUCUUCCGCUCUGACUCCAAUGGUGAAGAUCUAGAAGGUUAUGCUGGUGCUGGUCUUUAUGAUAGUGUGCCAAUGGAUGAAGAGGAGAAAGUUGUGUUGGAUUACUCAGCUGAUCCAUUAAUAACCAGUAAUGAUUUCCGUCAUUCAAUCCUCUCUAACAUUGCCCGUGCUGGAAGCGUGAUUGAGGAGCUAUACGGAUCACCUCAAGACAUCGAAGGUGUAGUGAGGGAUGGGAAGAUUUUUGUUGUCCAGACACGACCACAGAUGUGAUUGACUAUGUGGAAAUCCGAGCUAUCUUUGAACUUGGCCUGAUCUCAGUUCUAAAUUCAAGAUUUGGAAGAGAAUUGCAGGAUGAAAGAAAUGCACAGAUAGAAUGCAAAACUCAACAGCUAUAACCUCAUGCAAUAAAUUAUUUCUGUAUUAAAAGGUUUUGUUAUUGAUUUUCGUAUCAACAUAGUAUUACCAAUAAAAAUAUUGUAUCCUAUAUAUACAACCGUGUCUCUGUACACUGUGCAGUGUUAUGCAUGCAAAAGCUAUUACACAUGCAAAUAGCAGAGAAAAGAUAAUAAGAAUUAUAGCAGCGCCACACAAGCUUCGUGACUUCUAUUGCAGCUGAAGACUACUAUAGUUUAGGCUAUAUGCAUUUUACUUUUCA